GUGCUGGUGAUAAAUUGGGGUCGGUAAAAGACGGGGUUUUGCGGUGGUGGCGUGGCUUGAAGAUGGGGCACAAACGGAAAACGGUGGCGGCUGAUGAUAGCUUCUCUUCUCCUCUCUUCACUUCACCUUUCCGCGUGGGUCCCAUCAUCCAGGCUGUCCAAUUUCUACUCUCUCUCUCUGUGCCUGUCUUCCAUUUCCAUCGCUUUUUCAGCCUCGGCUCUCUGUGUCAGUCAGGUCUCUGUCUCCACCAGUAAUCCCUCUCCCUUCCUCUCCCUGAGCACCAUGGAUUCUCCUGUCUAUGGUGUCUCCACCCUCUUCAUCCUCUACUUCCUCACUCUUCUGCCCCUCUUUUUUGCAUUGCCUCACUCUCCCACUUCCAACCCUCCCCCUCCUUCAUCCGCCUCUCAGAUCAACUCCAAUUCCGUUCUCGUCGCGCUUCUUGAUUCCCAUUACACAGAGCUCGCUGAGCUUGUAGAGAAGGCGCUUCUCUUGCACAAGCUCGAGGAUGCCGUCGCCUCCCACAAUAUUACCAUUUUCGCCCCCCGAAACGAUGCUCUUGAGCGCCUGCUUGACCCCGAGUUUAAGCGCUUCUUGCUCGAGCCCCGUAAUUUGAGAUCGCUGCAGACCCUUUUGAUGUUUCACAUUGUUCCCAGACGAAUCGGAUCCCAUGAAUGGCCCUCUGGGAAAUCCGUCUCCGCUCGGCAUCGGACGCUGAGCGACGACCACGUGCAUUUGAUGAGCAAGGGUUCCGGGAAGAAGGUCGUUGACUUGGCCGAGAUUGUUUGUCCCGAUGACGUUGUUCGUCCCGACGGUGUCAUUCACGGCAUUGAGCGUUUGUUGAUUCCUCGAUCAGUCCAGGAGGAUUUUAACAGGAGGAGGAAUCUACGGGAUAUCUCGGCGAUGCUGCCGGAGGGUGCACCGGAGGUCGAUCCCAGGACUCAUCGUUUGAAGAAACCCGCGCCUGUACCCGUGGGGGCUCCACCGCUAUUGCCAAUAUACGACGCCAUGGCACCAGGUCCUUCGCUGGCUCCGGCGCCGGCACCCGGACCCGGUGGUCCUCACCACCACUUCAAUGGUGAACGCCAGGUUAAGGACUUCAUCCAUACCCUCUUGCAUUACGGCGGGUACAAUGAAAUGGCCGAUAUUCUGGUGAACUUGACAUCUUUGGCCGCUGAAAUGGGAAGGUUAGUCUCAGAGGGUUACGUCUUGACCGUGUUGGCUCCCAACGACGAGGCCAUGGCCAAGUUAACCACGGACCAAUUGAGUGAACCGGGCGCACCGGAGCAGAUAAUAUACUAUCAUAUCAUUCCGGAAUAUCAAACGGAAGAGAGCAUGUAUAAUGCCGUCAGGAGGUUUGGGAAGGUCCGGUACGAUACCCUGCGGUUGCCGCAUAAGGUCGUGGCUCAGGAGGCUGAUGGGUCUGUGAAAUUCGGGCAGGGUGAAGGGUCAGCGUAUCUGUUCGAUCCUGAUAUAUACACGGACGGGCGAAUUUCGGUGCAGGGGAUCGAUGGAGUUCUUUUCCCCCAAGAGGAGGAGCCCAAGACACAGCGUAAAGCAUCUCCUCUCGUUAAAGUUGCGGCCAAACCUAGAAGAGGAAAGCUGCUGGAGGCAGCCUGUAGUAUGUUUGGAGCUUUUGGACAAAUCUGCUAAUGAAAUCGCUUUCUCAACUAAACGUGGGGAAAAAGAGGAGUAAAUUUAUGUAAACAGAUCGGUAAAUGCGGCUGGGGUAAUCAGUUGAAUACGAAGGAUGUAUCGUGAAUUUAACACCGGAGAGAGCGAUUGAGUUGGAGGAUUUUCUGGAAACUCGCACAGGAUAAUAUUUUUUGUCAUUUUGUUUCACAUAUUGUAAUUAGAUAUCAAUUUUUUAAUUAUUUUUGUGUGUCGAUUCUGUGUAUCUGUGGUCUGGAUGCAAUAAACAAAUAUUUGAAUACGACACCCUUCACGGGUCCAUAUUUUUUUCUUAGUC